AUGGGCGGCAGAAAGUUUACUCUCGAGUUCAAAACUAAGGACACCGAAACCAACAGACCCAAGCUUCAAGAAGCCAGGAUCCAGUACUGGGAGAAGAUUGAAGCUAGCGACAUCACCGGUGCCCUCUGUGAUGACCUCAGGAAAGCGGUCCAUACAAUCCUCGAGGGCACAGUUACCGAGACUACUCUGAAUCCCGUCAACACAGUAUCGUACAGGGAGAUCAGCAAGUUUGCAAAAUGUGAGGACCGCGUCAAAGAAUGCCAAAUUUGGGCCGGCGUGUGCAUGCAGGGAGGUUCCACACCGCGGGCCUGGGAUACAACUUCCCACAAUGGUCCAGCAUUGAACCCAUUCUUCGACAUGGCGAAGAAGAUUCACAAUCCUAAUUUCGACGGAGAUGUGAGAGAAUUGGUCAACAAAACCCACGGAAUCUUGGGAAUUGACUAUGCCCAUAUCGAAUCCGACCCCCUAGAUAAGAAAAAAUACGUUGAUAUCAUGAGGGCGGUGGCGAUGACGAAUGCGGAGAACGAGCGGAAGAGAAACGGGGAGAAGGACUUUACCUCUGACGAGGACACGGAGGACGAGAACGAGGACGAGAACGAGGACGAGAAUGAGGACGAGAACGAGGACGAGAACGAGGACGAGAACGAGAACGAGAACAAGAACGAGAAGGAAGACAAGAAGAAGACGACGAGAGCCACAUCAAGAAAGCGCACCAACAAACCGAAGAACAACUUAAAAUUAUUGGGUUCGAAAGAUGAGAAAGGGAAUGGGUCUGAGACUGGCUACUUGAAGACCACGAAGACUCAGAUGGCAGCUCUUAAUAAGAAAAACGCUACACUUAUCGCGGAGGUAAAAGCGGUCAAAGAAGGAGAACAACGCGCCAUGAAACAGGUAGAGACCCUCAAGCAGAAGUUGAAGUCCGCAAGAGAAAAUGCAACAGCGACCAAAGAAGGAGAACAACGCGCCAUGAAAGAGGUAGAGACCCUCAAGCAGAAGUUGAAGUCCGCAAGAGAAAAUGCAACAGCGACCAAAGAAGGAGAACAACGCGCCAUGAAAGAGGCAGAGACCCUCGGGGAGAAGUUGGAGUCCGCAAGAGAAGAAAUAAGAGUGGUCAAAGAAAGAGAACAACGCGCCAAUGCAAAGGUUCAAGAUCUCGACAAGGAAGUCGCGUCAAUGAGAGAAGAAAUAAAUAUGGGUAAGAAGGUCCAAGAUUCUCUGCGAGGAGCCCAAGAGGGUGAUAAGGAGCUGCAAGAAUCUGUAGAACAGCUGGAGACUCAACGAGAUGGACGCAAACUCGAGACCAACCCUGAGGAUGAGCCAGGCCGGAAACGGAUCAAACAAUGGGACCCAAGAGAGGAAGCUCAAGGAAAGAUCACCAACACUUUAGAGGAACAGCACCUCGAAAAGUGCCAGGAGGAAACUCGCAAGGCCUUCAUGGAAAAGUGGCACUCCGUGCCGGCGGCUCAGAAAACGCCAACCUUCUUUCAAGCAAUGCAUCUUUACUAUACUCGUCCAGGUGGGGAACCCCUCCUCGCAGACUUGGACGCGGCCAUCAAGAAUACCAACAAUGGCACGGGUUGA